ACGAUGACUGGUAAAUAUUUUGAAAGACGUAUGUAUAUAACUGAGAUUAAGAACUUAGAAUGGAGCAAUAUUUCUUCGGAUUUCUAUGAUAACACAUAGAAUUAUUUUGUUAAUUUAGUUAUAUAAUUUAUUUAAAAUUUAUUAAGUAAUAAUAAGAUGGUUGAGGUGAUUUGUGAGAAAAUUGAUGAAAAAAAGUCAUCGAAAGAUGUUUCAAAAGCGAAAGAUUUUCCUCAAGUUCGUGCCAUGAUGACUGCUGCUAUUGCGAUGGUAAGCGCUGGUACAUUAUUCACGUGGCCUUCACCAUCAGUUCCAAAACUACAAGAAGCACCUUAUAAUUUUACCAUUGAAGAACUUUCAUAUUUAACGGUCAUCCCGCCUAUAGCCAUGGUAAUUUUCAGUCCAAUUUAUUGUUGGUUAUUGGAUAACUUCAGUAGAAAAUAUACUUUGUUUUCAAGUGGAUUUUUUCACAUAGCAUCGUGGAUUUUAAUUUAUUUCGCCGAUGAUAUUUGGAUAUUUUACGGUUCAAGAUUUGUAUGUGGUAUAGCAGAUGCUUGUUGUUUCGCUUCAAUGCCCGCCUACAUAGCGGAAGUAGCAACACCGCGCAUCCGAGGACUUUACGGAAACGCUAUGAUGGUUCUUAUGUUUAUUGGACAAUUUUUAAUUAAUUGCAUCGGUUAUUACACCAGUAUUAAAACAACGGCUUUAUGUAUGAUGGUGUUUCCGAUUACGUUUCUUUUCUUAUUCGCAUCGAUGCCGGAAUCGCCAUAUUUUUGUAUUAUGAAAGGCCGAGAAGAAGACGCAAGAAAAAGUCUUCAACGUUUGCGAGGAAUUGAAAACGUGGAUGUAGAAUAUGAACAAAUUUUUAAAGAUGUUUCUAGGCAAAUGACGGAAACAACUCGAUACGUUGAUUUAUGGUCAAUAAAAAGUAAUAGGAAAGCUGUUAUUAUUGCAAAUCUUGCAAGGGCUUUUCAACAAUUCAGUGGGAUUUCUGCUUUAAUGGUUUAUUCUCAAUACAUUUUUAAUUUAAGUGGUGGGAAUAUUUCCGGUGGGCAUGCAGCUAUGUUAUUUAACGGAAUUUUAGCAUUCAUUAAUUUAUUUGCUAACGUAAUUAGUGAUGGAUUGGGUAGAAAAAAAUCAAUGAUUUUUUCUUGUAUUGGAUGUGGAUUGGGGUUAUUAGGAGAAUCGAUUUAUUUCUAUUUUAACGAAUACACAAAUGUCGAUACAGAAGUAGCAUCUUGGUUUCCAGUUGUCGGAUUGAUUAUUUACAUCAUUAUUUUUACGUUUGGAUUGGGGAUUGUGCCAACAUUACUUCUUGGAGAAUUAUUCAAUACAAGUAUAAGAGGAAAAGCUGCUUUGGUUACAAAUUGUUUAUUUGCGAUUCAACUUUGUGGUAUAAGCAAAUUGUUUCAAAUUUUAAUGACAGGCUUUGGAUUAACGGUGCCGUUCUUUUUCUUUACCGUUUGCUGUUUUCUCGGAGGGAUUGCUUCGUAUUUUGUUAUACCGGAGACGAAAGGAAAAACUUUAGAGCAAAUCCAGCAAAUGUUAAAGUAGAUGAUUUUAUGUUUCUUUAUUGUGAUUGUAAUUUCUUCUGUGAUCCUUUAUUGUAAUUUUUUUUUAAGUUUAAAAGUACACAGAAAAUGAGUCAAUAUUAUUACCUAGUUUGCAAAGAUGAAUUUGUGUCAGAAAAACGUGGUAAGUAAUAAGUCACAUUACUUGACUUAAUUCUCAGUAUAAAUAUUAACUAAAACGACAAUGACUCGCAUUACAUUAUUUCUUCUAUUGUUUGACAAAUAUAAAUGAAAUAAAAAAUAAAUUAACUUAAAGCAC